AUGGCGCCCGUGGAGUUCAGGGGAAGCAGUGGAGAGCCUAAAGAUGCAGUUAAAGCAUUAAAGAAAAAGCUUUCCAAAAACUGUAACCAUAAGGAGAUCAGACUUACCCUCUCUUUGCUUGACAUGUGUAUGGAGAACUGUGGCCCAAGAUUCCAGUCUUUAGUUGUGAAGAAAGAUUUCUGUAAAGACAAACUAGUGAAGCUGCUGAAUCCAAGAUACAACUUGCCAAUCGACAUGCAGGAGAAAAUCCUGACAUUUAUCAUGACAUGGGCCAGAGGGUUCCAAGGAAUGGUGGAUGUGAGUGAAGUAAAAGAAGUUUAUCUGGAACUGCUGAAGAAAGGUGUGGAAUUUCCGUCUUCUGACUCCAGCACACGGCAAAAAUCAUCUCAGCCUUCUGCAAAGACCUCCCCAUCUUCCACUUCCCCUGCAAAACGUUCUUUAUUCCCUCAUCCGACUGGUCCAACGUUAUUGCUGACUUCUGAGCAGAUUGGGAAACUGUACAGUGAACUGGAUAUGGCAAAAAUGAAUGUGAAAGUCAUGUCAUCAAUAUUAAAAGAAAAUGUUCCUGGCUCUGAAAAUCCGGAUGAUAUGAAUCUUUUACAGAAACUGCAUAAGCCCUGCCGCUGGAGCAAGUUCUCUCGAAAUAGAGUUCGAUUUCUGGAGAAUCAGCGAAUACAACGUGAACGGGAGGAGCUGUACAGGAAGCAGCCAUCUGCCCCCUCAAGUGAUCUACUUGACCUCUCUACAGAUUCUCCAUCUCCUGCGUCAGCAGCGGUGGCACCAAACUCUGAGAUGUCUCAGUUUUCAGGCCAUAAUUGUAUAUCUGCACGCCCUGAAGAUACGAAGAGGCACCCUGCAUCAAUUUAUCCACAGCUAGAUUUAGCAACUACUACAAAACCCCAGCAGUUCCCGCUUGCAAGCAGUGCACAAAACAAUAGUGCAGGCGUCCCAGCUGGGCAUACAUAUAGCAAUCUUACAACUGUUUUAAGCCACGUGCCUCUGAAUCCAGUAAGUCUGCAGCCUGGACAUACAACAUCACUAAAUGGAGCAUCACCAGCAGCUGCAUCAAAGAGCAAGUCACAGGCACCUCAUUACUAUGACAUAAUGGAAUUUGAUCCCUUGGCUCCCAAAGAAGCUAUUUAUGAAGAAAUUGAUGACAAUCUUCUGAAGCCAGAAGUUAAUAAGGAUGCAGAAUGCUGAGGGUGGACGUCAGUUCUUCUACUGAACACACAUACGAUUCUCUGG